ACUACAAAUGGAGUCUGAGAAAACACUUGAAGAACAAAUAGCAGAAUCUGCGGAAAGCCUUAAGAAAAUUCAAGAAGCACAAAUCCUGAAGGAACCAGAAAAGAAUGAAGCAGAAGGGGAUCAUGAAGAAAACGCAGUAAAGAUAGGCCAAGACAUGAUGGAUCCAGCAUAUCUUGACCAAUGAACGGAUGAAGUAGCGGAGCUCAUGAAAGUAAUGGAAGGAAUAGAAAGCCAAAUGGGCCUUAUGGAAAAUCUUGCUGAUAAUAUAACAAGCCAAUUUGUGGAUCUGGCUAAACAAGAGGAGAAAGAAGUUGAAGAAACCACUCCAGAAGUUUCAGAGCAGCCAUAAUUGC